CCGGAGGGGGGGGGGGCGGGGAGGGAGGCGGCAGGCUCCCGGCUCCCGCCCGCCCCGCACCUCCCUGGGCCGCCGAGCCGAGGAUGCGGCAACCGCCGGGUACCGCGGGGCUGUAGCCCGCCCGCCCGCCCGCCGCGGCCCCGGACCCCAUGGGCUGUGCCCACCGUCGCCUGGGUGUUGUAGGAUUUUGGCAGAGCUGGCCAUGAUGUUAUGGUUCGUGGUUGGUGCCCUCUUCCCAGUGCUGCUCCUGGCCGCACCACCCCCCAUAAACAAGCUCGCCCUCUUCCCGGAUAAGAGCGCUUGGUGUGAGGCAAAGAACAUCACCCAGAUCGUGGGGCACAGCGGCUGCGAGUCCAAGUCCAUCCAGAACAGGGCCUGUCUGGGACAGUGUUUCAGCUACAGCGUCCCCAACACCUUCCCUCAGUCCACAGAGUCCCUGGUUCACUGCGACUCCUGUAUGCCAGCCCAGUCCAUGUGGGAAAUCGUGACACUGGACUGUCCAGGCAAUGACGAGAUCCCCAGGGUUGACAAGCUGGUGGAGAAGAUACUUCACUGUAGCUGCCAGGCUUGCGGGAAGGAGCCGAGCCACGAGGGAGCCCUGUUCAACGUCUACCUGAACGCGGAGGAGAACAUGCCCGCUGAAGGUCCCAGCCCCCAUCACUAUGCCCACCACCAACAGGAGGUGGAAGAACCUCCUGCCUCCAGCCACCACCAUCACGAGGAGGAGGGCGACGAGUGACCUGGCCCUUGCGGACUGUCCUUGCAGCCAGCGGCGCGGGCAGGGGGUGUGUGCGAGGGAGAGGGCCGGGGUUUGGGGAGGGAGGGGGGUGGUGGAGUCUUUCCUAUCUAAUAGCUACCCUCAUGCUUUGCUCUCCACGACACCCCGGGGCCGGAGGAGGAUUUUGAGGCAGAAGCAGGGCUGAGAGGCGGACGUGAGGCUGGAGCUGCAGGGUGAGAGAGGAGGGCUCGGUGUUUUCUGAUGCAAAACUACUUGCACAUAAUAGUAAUAAUAUAUUGAGAGGAGCGGGAACCCGGACAAGGGGGGUUUCGGCUGAGAGCAAGAGCUGAGCUGGGCUCCCCAGGGGCUGUCUGCAGGCUCCUGAACCUGCUGUGGAGCCCUUGCUGAGUCCUUCUGGGUUUUUCUCUUGUAAACGGCUCAUGCUCGGAUUGGAGGAAGAAGGGAUGCAGCCUCUCCACAGUCCCACAAGAGAUGCGCAUCUUUCCUGGGAUGUGCGGGACCAGCAGCAUCCCUUCUUCCUCCUGUCUGCCCUGCCUGCCUAAGGACACGUGGGCUCAGCGUGGACAUACUGUUCCUCCUGGCACCCGCUGGAUCUUAAUUCAACCCCAACCUCCUCGUAUUAGGUAGGUCUUGGGGAGUAUUUUGCCCCAGGAUGUGCCUCUGGGGGCUGCGUGUGUGAAGUUGCUGGGAACCAUGGGAGUGAGAGCCCUUUCCUUGCUGGUCCUCAGGGCCACCACGUAGCUCCCUGGGGAUGAGGGAGCUGGAUCAUGCCAUGGGCGCUGGGGCUUCACAUUUCAUGGCCCACAGGGGAAAGCCAAGAGCUGGCUUGCGCUGGGGUGGUCUGGGUAGGAGCCAGCCCCUCUCCCCCCUCUCCCUGCUGCACUUUAAUGGUGGUGGAGGGAGAAGGGGGACGAGUGCCGGGGUGCCGAUGUACCUUCGCGGGGGACUGCUCAUGCAGGGCUGGGGAGGCUCGGGGUGGGGGGAUGGCCCCGGGCCCCUCCUGCUACCCCUUUCUCUCUGUUGUAUAAAGCUGAUUUCUUUGGCGCUGUCCUGACAAGAGCUUCCAGAGCUUGUAAUCGAUGCCUCCCCCUCCUUUUUACAAGUUGGGUUUUGUUUUUUCUUAAAUAAAUUAGUUCUGACUUCCA